UCUCCCACUUUCGCCACUAUCGUUCCCGUCGCGGUGGCGUUCGCGCGCGUGCUGCACACGCUCGCUCGGCCGUUCCUUCCUGCCGGCUGACGGAAAGUCGCGCGCGGGUUCUCCAACCCUCUCAGCCCUCGUCGACACCCCCUUCGAACACAAACACACACACACAGUGUAGUGCGAUCUCUCCCCUUCUCUCUCUCUCUCUCUCUCUCUCUCUCUCUCUCUCUCUUUCUCUCUUUCUCUCUCUCUCUCUCUCUCUCUUCGUCGUCGCGUGCCUCCUACCGUGCGUUUCCGCGUUUCUUUGACUUUCGCACCGCCAGCCACGUCGGGCGCGGGGGUGCGGGGGUUUUGCGUGGGACAUGUGUGCCACGUGGGACGAGCCGGAGGAUCCACCUGCUGCUAUCACCGACAAGGAUUAGGCGAGCAGCCGUGACAGAUGGCCUGAGCAGAUCUCCCAUGGACCGCUCACGGAAAUCGGAGGAUGACUCACCGCCGCGCAUCUCCGCGGGAUUUUCACGCCGACAUUGCCAGCGCGGCUCCGCUGUGACCAGGAUGAAUCUGAGAUCGAUUCUAGUCUUGACGAUGCUUAGCGCCGCCGGUGUCUCGUCCUCCUACAUGCCCGAGAAGUAUCCCGUGGAAGUGUAUCACAUGCUGCAAGAAAGAACGCAGUUCGGGAUUGGGCGUGACAAUAGAGUGAGGGGCACUUGGGGCACGUGGAGCGAGUGGAGCGAGUGUUCCAGAUCCUGCGGCACCGGUAUCCAGUCCCAAUCUAGGGAAUGCGUUCCCCUACGGAGGCUUUUGCGGCGACGGAGCAUCAUCUCGGAGAACGGCACCAGCAGCGUCAGGCCCAUUUGCAUCGGCACGUACAGGCGCUACCACACGUGCAAUACUCAGGAAUGCCCGAACUUCCCGGAAGACCCGCGGGCGGAACAGUGCGCCAAGUACAACAGGAGGAACUACAAGGGCCGCAGUUACGUCUGGGUGCCCUUCGUAGACGCGCCGAACUCAUGCGCGCUCAAUUGCCGUGCAGUCGGCGAGCGUUUUUACGCAACGCUUGAACCGGCAGUAAUAGACGGCACGCCCUGCGACGCUCCGAAUCUUCGCGGACGUGGCGGCGGCGGCGGCGGCGGCGGCAAUGGUAUCGGGAUUUCGACGGAACGCAACGGCGAGCGGUGGCUAUGCGUCGCCGGACAAUGCAAGUCCGUAGGGUGCGACGGGGUGGUGGGGUCCGACGCGACGAUGGACGCCUGCGGCGUGUGCGGUGGCCAGGGCAGAGGUUGCAGAUUGUACGAGGGUAUCUUCAUGGAGCCGAUUCUGCCGAAGGGUCAUCAGCAGGUGACCAUGAUUCCGAAGGGCGCCAUGUCGCUCAACAUUUCCGAGCUACGGUUCAGCAGUAAUUUUCUAGCGUUGAGAGACAGUAACGGCAGUUACAUCCUAAACGGACCGUGGUCUUACAGUCCCAGUGGCACUUAUAAAGCGGCUGGUACGACAUUAACAUACCAGAGGGGCGAUAGGAACCGCAUGGAGUGCAUCUUGGCAACCGGACCGUUGAAUGAGUCUUUGCAUCUAGAGAUCUUAUCGCUGGAUCGAAAUCCAGGCGUCCUCUACAAGUAUAUGUUGCCCAUGAGGGAAGUGCCGGACGGCAAAGCGAUAAUCGCACCGCCAUUGCUCGUCGCCGGAUCAAACGAUCGGGGCAAUGAAAUACCUAGUCCGGAGAGCCACGUGACCAUACGAGUGCCCAUCACGAGAACAUCGGAUCGGCGGGGCGAUUUAUCUUCGACGCGUCGCGAUCGCGAUCCCGCGCGCACGCAGCACGUCGGGCGGAAGGAAGAGAUGAAGCAUCCGCCGACCACGGUGAUGGCGGGCGAUCAGCCAAAGUCAAAGGCGAGGAAGAAGAAGAGGAGGAAGUUCGCUUGGAAAAUAGCCGACUUCGCUCCCUGCUCGGAGGAAUGCGGGGGAGGCGUGCGGACGGCGAUCCUGAAGUGCAUCCGCGAGGAUAAUCAGACGCUCGUCAACGAGAAACGCUGCCGCAACCUGGAAAGGCCGAAACAUCCACCCCCGUUGCGAUGCAACGACCAUCCUUGCGUUCCCAGAUGGCGAGCCGAGCCGUGGAGCGAGUGCUCGGUCACCUGCGGGGCCGGCAUCAGGACACGGAAGCUGGAGUGCGUCCAAAAGAUGGAGGGAAGGUUAAUGCGCGUCGCAGCCAGCGCAUGCGCUCAACCGCCGGAUCUAAGGACCAUGGAAGCUUGCAGCCUGUCAGCGUGUCCUAACACGGGUCCAGAAUUGAGGCAUAUGCAUUCGCAGCACGACGCGCCCAGGUGGAACGUGGGUGCCUGGGGCCCGUGCUCGACCACGUGUGGUCGCGGAAUUCGAAAUCGAACGGUCACUUGCAUAACAUCCGGAGAGUCUUGCUCGUUGCUCAACAAGCCCGAGUCCCAAAAACCGUGCGAGAUAGCAGCCUGUAACAUGGUGAUGGACGCAAGACACCACGCGCCCUGGUUGUACUCGGAGUGGUCUUCCAAGUGCUCGACGGAGUGCGGGAACGGCGUGAAGACCAGGCGAGUUGCGUGCGCCGACGGUAGCGAAUUAUUUUGCAAUCCCAAAGAGAGACCGGACAUGGAGAUGCGCUGUUUCGGACGAGGCACGAGCUGCGACAAAGCCAAGUGGUUCACCGGCCCGUGGACUUCCUGCUCUGUCUCGUGCGGCGUCGGCGUGCAGCGUCGCAGCGCCGUUUGCCUGUCCAGGACGAAUGACGAGUUUGCUGUGUUACCGGCGAAAAACUGCAACGAGCCGAAGCCGGCGAGCGAACAAGCCUGCAGGAUGUCGGCGUGCUCGCCGGAAUGGUUCACCUCGGAUUGGUCGACGUGCUCCGCGACGUGCGGUUUUGGGGUGCAAACGCGGCUCAUACGGUGCAUAAUCGAGGGUGUCGGCAGCAGCAAUUGCUCGGAGAUCGGCAAACCAAUUGGCGAGCAACGAUGCAGCGUGGAGCCGUGCAAGAAGGAGUCAGCGGUGAACAAACCGCCGAAAAAAGCGCACGAGCCAGCCAAGUGCGUGGACAAGUCCCCGAAUUGCGCGGUGGUGGUGAAGAACGGCCUGUGCCGGGUGAAGUACUACAACAACAUGUGUUGCCAAUGCCGUCAAUAGCAAUGCGCCAGCGAUCCUCACUCGUUACUUCCGCGACUCGGCGGCCGCGAAAGUGCGGAGCUAGCGAGCGAACUAAUAUAUUGUUAAGCGAAAAAUACACAAAUGUCGAUCGGAACACCGGCAGACAAUGCCGUGCGUAAGACUGCUACAAAGAGACCACAAGCACGUAUGUAUAAUAUUAUUUAUAUCGCGCGAGAGAGACGGGGGAGAAACGGGUGAGCAGCCAUGUCCUGUGCGUAGUCAUGCUUUAUCCCGCCGACCGGAGUAGCAUCCUUCUCGCGCACGCGCGCAGCCGAGAGUGGACAGCCUGUGAAUUUCGCGAGAGAGAUCUGCGUCGACGAGUUUUGCGCAAAUUUUCGACACGAAACGUAGGUUUUUUUCGUUUGCAUAAGUAUGUUCAUUGUCGACCGGUCGCGCGUCGUCAGGCUCUUACGUGUGUACGAAGAUGAAGAUUCGGUUAAGUGGACGAAUUUUCGGCCGGAACGACACCGAGGUGAUCUCUUGUCGGGUUGAAGUUGUCGGGAUCUGGCCUGAAUGAUCAGCACCUGCGGUCUCGAGCCGAGCCGAAGUUCUGCCAUUCUCGAUCUCGGGAUUUCUCACUCGCUCAUAUUUCAUUAGAAAAUCGGUUCAUUCAACCAAGCCUAAUUUUUCUCUCUCUCCGUCCACACGUGCGCGCUCGUGUGCGCUGUGGAGUGUGGCUGCGCGCGCUGGUCGUUUUUGCAUCGCGUCGCGUGCGCGUACGAGUCGAUAUCUGUGUUAUCGCGCGGACAGGUACAGGGCCGUAACUCGACCGAAUCGGAGCGGGACGCGGGACGGGCCUACGCAAUAAACACACCCAUACACGCGCACCAUACCGCCCCUGAGCCUUUUAUACAAGUAGCAUCGCGAUCUUAACUUUUGUAUGCUUUACGUGAAAAGCGACGCGACUUUUUUUACGUUCGCGAUAAAAGGGAAUACGUGACAAAGUCUCGCGGCGGAUAUCCGAAAGAUUGAUAAUCCGGCGUUGGCCAUUUAUCACACUGGCGUUAUUUGCCCUCGCCCGAUGCGAGGAUAACUAUUAAUCUCGACACUUCGACGAACGAGACACUUCGAGAUACGCGACCGGGAGUUUGUCACGUCGAGAAGAAAGUAGGUCGAACCUUGAAAUAAUGCUAAUUAAAAUAAGCGCGCGCGCGCCUGCCUUCAAUGCCAUCCCACGCGUAUUAUUUUAUCUUAGCGAUAACAUUAGAAUAAAAGAAAAGUAACAGUAUAUGCUAUCUAUGUGUGUCUGUUCCCUCUUGGUCGAAUUCGCCGGGAAGUGCGGCGGAAAGUGUGCGUGCGUGCGUGCAUGCGACGCUCUCGUUUCGUGAAAUUACAUUCUCACAAGGCUGCGAGAUCGCACAAUUGCGAACGGCAAGUCCGCAAAAUUAACAAAAAAAAAAUUCUGUCAUACCCACAUUAAAGAAAAAAAAAGCGUACAUCUUUCUAACGAUGCAGAGACCGAUGACCCGGGGUGCGUGCGAGGCGCAGUUACGCCCCUGAGUAACGAACCUUUCUUCGCAUGCACGGUCGCGCAAAACCUGUACGCCCAUGGAAACUUCGGAGGCUGCACCCGCCUCUGCCCGAGCGCGUCAAAUGAAACGAGUUCUCGGCGAGCCCAGAAUUGACGUGAAACGAUGUAAAACGCGUCAUUCGAGUGCGAGCGAUUUGCGUUACGCAAAUCGGCCGCCGAGUAAUGCGCCGUGAAAUACGCGGCCGUUUCCGCGGGAAAAAUCUUCUUCCGCGGAAACGCCAGCAGAAAACGAUUGUCUCGAGAUGCGAAUCCGCUCGGUCGACUCGCUUAACCGCGUUCGGCCGGCGCUGACGAGCGCAAGUGUGUCAUUUCUGUAAGUCUGAAUGUUCGAAGGCUGCGUGCAAACGUCGGAGCAAAUUCGGUCGGAAAAUUCGCCGAGUCCCUUCGCGGCGGAGCGACAGGUGGAAUUUCCUCGAACGGAGCGUUCGUACUUUCCGUAGCUUCCCUCGAGCGACGUCGCUCGAACGAUGAUGAAAACAUUAAUGGCUUGACUAUUUAAUAUGAUUUAAUAUGAUGGCUGAUGGAAUAACGAGUAGGAUAAAGUAGGACGAAGAGAUCCAAUCUGAUUCCGUUUCCGCGAAUCGAGAAGCGAGAUUUGUGGAAGAAUGAAGCAAUCCGAGGAAAGUUUUCUCGAUGGAAGAUUGUAACUUGGAAUACACGGAGAAGGAAACAUUGCGCAUAAACCUUCAUCGGAACAUACAAGUGCAUUGAAAUUUGCUUGAGAUUUCUCAGAGGAACAAUCCGAUAUCGAUCCGAAUCUUCCUGUUUCCGCGACCGGACGAAAAAUUCAGUCACCUGAGCGAAGUUGUUUCAUGGGCGAUUCAUUACGGAAGAUCACACGAAAUAUUUUUGAUGUCUCAAAAGUGUCACGAGAGAGUUAAUCAGUUCACUAGUAAUGACUCAUGUAUGAGCGAAAAAAGAAAUGCCAUAGCCGGUAAUAACUCGUAUAUGAGCAUCAUGAGUAGCUCUGUCAAUUUUCAACAGAUGUGCAUCAAAUUUGAUACACCCUUGUUUUGCGAAUCGGUAUUCGGAAUCAUAUUUGAGAAAGUCAUAAUGGCGGAUUCAAUAUGGCGGCGCUUGAACACUCAAAUUUGUCAGUUGUUGAAAAAUAUUUGUUAAGAUUGAUAUCCCCGUUUGAUUUUAUAUGAAAUUUUUAGAGUAUUUUGGAUGACGAACCUGAAAUCGAAAUUUGAAAAUUAAAAAUAGCAAAUCCAAUAUGACGGCUCCAAUUGGCUAAUUUUAUUAUUCCGUUAUGGAGAAAAUCAUAUUCGAUAUCUUCAUACUUCUUGGAUUGUUAAUGAUGAGUCCAGUCGAAAUUGCAAAGUCUAAAAUAGCGAAUCCAACAUGGCGGCUUCUAAUGACUAACAGUAUUCCAUUAUGGAUGCUCCUAUUUUCAUUCUUAAAAGAUGAUACAUCUUGAAGGAAACCUCGUAUUUCUUUGCCGAAUAGCUCUGAUGGAUCGGAGCAAAAAAACAUACCGAGUUUGAUAUGUAUCUAUAAUGAAAUAUCAAAGCCGCUUGAAGCCACCAUAUUGGAUCUGCCAAUUUGUUUUGGGAAUUUUUAUUAUGGAUUCGUCAUUAGCGACCCAAAGAAACCGCUAUAGCUUCUAACGUAAAAUACGAAAUUAUUCAUACACUCUCACAAGUUUUGGCUCACAAAACUUAAUUUUAGGCCCACCACUGUGAACUGGUUAAAACACAGAGAGCGAGAAUUUCGUUUCUCGUCGAAACGCACAGCGUAUUCUUUAAGCACGAUAAAACCUAUCUCGUUAUGGUGAGAUAUACGCUUUUGUAUGCGUAGGAUCUAUAAAGUCGACGUUUAGAUGAUAAAUAUACACAUACGCAUGUA